AUGGCGACUCCUCCGGUACAUCUGCCUCUCAGCGAGGCUGCUCGCGGUGCAGCUCGUCUCAGAACUUCAUUCGUCGACUCAGCCCGACCCGAAGCCGCAAAGGCCCUGGCAAACGAAUGGGCGCCUUCGUCCUGGCAAUUGAAGCCAAUCAAGCAGGAAGUCAUCUAUCCAGACCAAACCGCUUUCGAAAAGGCUCUAUCGAAACUUGAGUCCUUGCCGAUGAUCGUCCACCCGACCGAAAUCAACAACUUGAAGUCCAGCUUGAAGGAUGUCUGCGAGGGCAAGGCCUUCUUACUCCAAGGUGGAGACUGUGCCGAACUGUUCGACUACUGCACCGAAUCACAAAUUGAUGCCAAGAUUGCACUUCUAUUGCAGAUGUCAUUAGUUUUGAUCCACGGUCUCCGACUUCCGGUUGUUCGUAUCGGUCGUAUCGCCGGCCAGUUCGCAAAGCCACGGUCUUCACCAACGGAGAUCGUAGACGGCAAGGAAAUCCCUUCCUUCAGAGGCGAUAACAUCAACGGCUUCGAUCCUAGCGAGCGUACUCCAGAACCUUCACGUCUCGUCCAAGCGUACUUCCACUCCUCGACAACCCUCAACUACAUCAGAACCCGUCUUGGCGCUGGAUAUGCCGACCUACACCAUCCGUUCAAUUGGUCUCUGUCUCACAUCCAAGACUCGGAAGUCAAAGCUAAAUACUUAAAGACAGUGGAAGCUCUUACCGAUAGUCUCAGCUUUAUGAAAACGAUUGGUGCUGAUACCGCUAGCUCGUUGCGUGGUGUAGACUUUUACACAAGCCAUGAAGGUCUGCUUCUCGAGUACGAACAGAGCUUCACGAGGAAAUGGGCUCCCACGCCGGGUGUCAAUGGCGGCCAGGAAGGAUGGUAUAAUACCUCUGCACACUUCAUCUGGAUCGGAGAUCGAACGAGACAGUUGGAUGGUGCGCAUGUUGAGUAUUUCCGAGGUAUUGAGAAUCCAAUUGGUAUCAAAGUCGGGCCAUCUUUCAAAGAAGAGGAAUUCGGAAGGCUAUUGGAUAUAGUGAAUCCUAGGAAAGAGCCUGGGAAGGUUACAUUGAUCACUAGAUAUGGAUGUGAUAAGGUUGAGAAUAUUCUACCGGGGCAUAUUGAGGCUGUGAGGAAGACUGGUCAUCCUGUUAUCUGGCAAUGCGACCCAAUGCACGGAAAUACGAGAUCAUCGCCCGGAACCGGUUUGAAAACACGACAGUACUCGUCGAUUAUGUCAGAGAUCUUAUCUGCACUGAAGAUUCAUAAGGAAAAGGGGACUUGGUUGGGUGGUAUCCACCUAGAACUCACCGGUGAUAACGUUACCGAGUGUGUCGGCGGUUCAGAGGGCUUGACCGAUGAGGACCUUUCUACGAAUUAUCAGACUUACUGCGAUCCCAGACUAAACGAGAAACAGGCUUUAGACGUCGCUUUUACGAUUUCGGAUUACUACAGGAAGAAUCCGUUUAACACAUGA